GAGGGCGCAUGUGUGCGGCUCGGUAGACACCACACCACCGGCGACCUGCGAGCGGGGUUACUCUCAUUCAGGAAGACAUUAAAGAGGACCUUCAGCCGCUGCGGAGCUGUCAUGGCGGAGGAGAUAUCGACAGGUGUGGAUGGAGUCUCAGUGGGUGAGCUGUACGUGUCGGACAAGCAGGGCAGCGACCAGGAUGGAGACGGGACGGAGCAGAAGCCCUUCAAGACCCCCCUCAGGGCUCUGCUGUUUGCCGGGAAGGAGCCUUUCCCGACCGUCUAUGUGGACUCACAGAAGGAGGGAGAGCGCUGGGCAGUGAUCUCCAAGACUCAGAUGAAGAACGCAAAGAAGGCGUUUAACCGCGAGCAGAUGAAGAGCAACGCCAAGGACAAAAAGGAGGCCGAGGACAAUGAGAGGAGAGAGAAGAACCUGGAGGACGCCAGGAAGAUCACCAUCGAGAACGACCCCAGCCUGCCGGAGCCCGACACGGUGAAAAUCCACCAACUGGAGGCCAAACGAGACCAGAGGGUCAAGGUGUUCGGGUGGGUUCACCGGCUCAGGAGACAAGGGAAGAACCUGCUGUUCAUCGUGCUGCGGGACGGGACGGGCUUCCUCCAGUGUGUCCUGACUGACAAACUGUGCCAGACCUACAACGCCUUGGUCCUGUCCACAGAGAGCACCGUGGCUCUGUACGGGACCGUCCAAGCCGUCCCCGAGGGAAAGCAGGCGCCGGGCGGCCACGAGCUGCACUGCGACUUCUGGGAGCUGAUUGGCUUAGCCCCGGCGGGCGGGGCCGACAACCUGCUGAACGAGGAGUCGGACGUGGACGUGCAGCUGAACAACCGGCACAUGCUGAUCCGAGGAGAGAACGUCUCCAAGAUCCUGCGGGUGAGGUCCACCGUCACGCAGUGCUUCAGGGACCACUUCUUCAGCCGCGGCUACUACGAGAUCACUCCGCCCACGCUGGUGCAGACGCAGGUGGAGGGCGGCUCCACGCUCUUCGGCCUCAACUACUUUGGCGAGCAGGCGUACCUGACGCAGUCGUCCCAGCUCUACCUGGAGACCUGCAUCCCGGCGCUGGGCGACACCUUCUGCAUCGCCCAGUCGUACCGCGCCGAGCAGUCCCGCACGCGCAGACACCUGUCCGAGUACACACACAUUGAGGCUGAGUGUCCCUUCCUGACGUUCGAGGAGCUGCUGAGCCGUCUGGAGGAUCUGGUUUGUGACGUCGUCGACCGAGUCCUCAAGUCUCCAGCAGCACCACUGCUCUACGACCUGAACCCCAACUUCCAGCCGCCCAAGAGGCCGUUCAGGAGGAUGAACUACACCGAGGCCAUCGAGUGGCUGAAGGAGCACGACGUCAAGAAGGAGGACGGCUCCUACUACGAGUUUGGAGAGGACAUCCCGGAGGCUCCUGAACGCCUCAUGACCGACUCGAUCAACGAGACCAUCCUGUUGUGUCGUUUCCCUGCAGAGAUCAAGUCGUUCUACAUGCAGCGCUGCGCCGACGACCGCCGCCUCACCGAGUCGGUUGACGUGUUGAUGCCAAACGUUGGGGAGAUCGUGGGCGGCUCGAUGCGUAUCUGGGACUCUGAGGAGCUGCUGGAGGGAUACAAGAGAGAGGGAAUCGACCCGACUCCAUACUACUGGUACACCGACCAGAGGAAGUACGGCACCUGUCCUCACGGCGGUUAUGGUCUGGGUCUGGAGCGUUUCCUCACCUGGCUGCUCAACAGACACCACAUCAGAGACGUGUGUCUGUACCCCCGAUUCAUCCAGCGCUGCCGGCCCUGAGCGCACACACACACACACACACACACACACACACACUCUGUCCCAACAGGUGGUCCAGGUGUGGCAGUGCUCAGUCCGCCCUUCACUCUAUUUACUGUAUCAGGAUAAAACUCGAUUCCAUAUUUGUUCAGUAAACUUUUCAUUUCCUGCAUCAUGAUUUUUC